GCGGGACAACAGAACAGACGGGGGUACAGAUUUCAACUUUCUGCUGCUUUCAGAGACCGGUUCGAAGCGAUUGGAAACAGUCCAGCUUCUUCAGUUAUUUCUUUGUUUCGCACGAGUUAAGUGUACUUAAGCGAAGUAGCUGCCAGCUUGCCGGAAAACUUCCCCUAUUUGGUAGACGGUGUUGUGUGUUUCGACUUUCGAAAAAAAACCUAUUAGGGCUUACCGAAGCGACGGAACCGGAAGUAGUAUAUGCGUGUGAAAAGUUUCGUUUGCCGGAAGAAAAGUGCUAGCGUUUACACAACAGAACGCGAAACGUGGAUUAACGGAGCUCUGCGCGUGAAAUAGUGAAACAUCAAGAGAAGGAAAAGCCUGAGAGUUCCUUGCCCGCACAGCGGAAUAGCCGGUCCCACAGGCACACAGGAAACAAGUAAUCGAAGAAAAAAAAAAUCAACGAAAUGUCCGAAGCAGUUGAAGUCGAGCAAAUCAUCGAAAGCAAGCCAAGAAAGAUGGCGCUACCCACCUCCCUGGACAAGGACGCCAUUCGGGAAGCGUACGAGGAUGUCCGAUCCAACCUAACCGACAACGAGUGGGCGGUGUUCAAAUUCGACGGUCUGAAAAUCAUCUGCUUCGAGAAAGGCAUCGGUUUCGACGAAUUCUGCGCCCAGUUCCACGACGAUGAGCGAGCUUUCGGCUACAUACGGAUACAAAUGGGCGAUGAAAUGUCCAAGCGAAGCAAGUUUAUGUUCCUUACCUGGAUUGGGCCGGAAGUGGGCGUGAUGCAGCGGGCCAAGAUGUCAACAGACAAGUCGAUUAUAAAAGAUGUGAUCAAUAAUUUCGCCGUUGAGCUUCAGGUAGAGUCGAGCAACGAUUUGAACCUGGAGAUGUUUAAGGAACACCUGAACAAGGCCGGUGGUGCAAACUAUGGAACCGGUGUGCGCGAACUGUAGACCAUAAAUGCUAAGCUCAUCAAGCAUUCAGGCGCCACAGGAUACACUAGGAUCGCAUCUAUAUAUAUAAGCAUACCAACGUUAAGGUCUUCCCCGCUGCUAACCUUUCCCCCGUUGCAAUACACAGUAAUAUUCAACUUAAAUGCCAGAAUGUGCGUAUCGUAUACAAUCAACUUCAACUGAAAUCCUGAAGGCCUCUAUUUGUGUGUAUUAUUUCCGUAAACUAAUUCUCUAUUUAUCGAAAUUGUGAUUUUGGAAAAACUCUACAGUUUUUUGACCCUUUGUAUAAGCAUCCACUAAAUCAUAACUAUUUAAUGAAUACAUAAGAAAACACAAUGAUAACCUACUGCGUAAACAUCAAACGAAUAUUGGAUGCAAUCUGCAAUAUUAUCAUAUAAAUUGAAGUAGUUAAGUUUAUGCAAGAAAAAAAAGGAAACCCUAAGUAAUGUGACGAAACAAAUUGACGAUAUAGUUAACAUUCAACGGACGGCGCGAAUGAAAGCAGCGCAUCAACGCGAAGUUAGUACCGAAAUCAGAUUUCUUUUUUGAGCUAUUUUUUAUCAAUUGUAUAAAAUAAAAAAGGAAACCUAUUCUGUAGAAGACACGUGUAAAAUGCCUUAGUUUUGGCAGAACAAAUAUACCCCAAGAACUUUCAA